AUGACGAGAAACAAGAACAGACUCUAUAUUGCGGUCUACCCAAGUGGCCAGGGCACAGGAACAUAUCACUGGGCACUGCUAGUCGGACCAAAGAAGGAGACCGGGCCCGUCGCCGGACAACGGUUCCACGUCAAGAACCAACCCAUCGUCCCUCGUUGGUAUUACGACGCACACCCCACCCGAGAUGUCCGUGCCACUGCACAGCUCUUGGCCCGCGUCACGAUCGCGAAGAUCGUAGACGAGGAGCGCUUGAUCAACAUACUGGAAAGCGUCCCUGUCGACCCGCCGGACUGGGACGGCAAGAAGAAUGGCCGGGAGCCGAAGUGGACGUGCCGUGUUUGGGUCAUCGCCGCGUUGAAGGCAAUCCGGGCUAAUGGCGGGGCUGUUGGCACCAAUGUGCUUAAUGAUAUUGAAGGUCCGAACGGUAUUAUUGAGAAGACGAAGGCGUUCGUUGCCCGCCAGAUCCAGAAUAGGCGUUACGAUUCUGGUACGGAUGCAUUGGCGCCGAAGCCCUUGUUGGACUUGUUGAGUGGGAAGGAAAGCUAUGUUUGAAGCGUGCUGCCGGAGCGAGGCAAUUGUGGGGGAGAAAUUGAGGUCGGGUAGAUUGUGGAAUAUUACCUAGCUACUUCUUUCAGCAUACGUUUCCCCACCAGCGAAAUCGUACCCUUUCCAUCUUCAGCUCUUCCGGCAUGGGGUUGAGGAACUUUUCAACAUUAUCAUGCCAAAUCGGAUUGACGAGGUCGCUCGCGAUCUUCAAGGAGGUGUAUUCCCAAUAAUGAGGAUACCACCCCGCCAUUUCCCAGUCAAUGAUGCCCACUAUUUUGCCGUCGCGCACAAGGAUGUUCGAAGGAUUCAAGUCACCGUGCGUGAAGACCGAUGGAGGCCAAGGGCCUUCCUGCCUCGCAAUCAUGUCGUUCAGUUCCUCCACAUCCUUUGGAUCCAGGUCCGUAGACUCCCCUGGUUUCAGACCUUCCCUCAGCCAGUUGUGGAAAUCCUGGAUGGUUCUGAAGGGUCCAAACCGGACUGGCGGCGGGGCGCAGCUUUGUCGAAAAUCUUGGAGUGAACCACCAGUGCAGCUACCAACAGCAAAUUCGGUUGGCGGUGGCAGUGCCCGGAGUUGGUCGAGGUGCUGUCGCAGUUGGUCCAGCAGACUUGCCCUGGUUUGUUCGGAUGUUCGGCGCCAAAUUUUGCCCAAUUCUUCGCCUUGGAUUUUUUCCAUGACAAUGUAAGCCGUACCCUUGCGUUCAAAUGCACUCAGAACUUUAGGUGCGGGGAUGGUCGUGUGUUCGGCAAUGAACCUCAUCGUGGCCGCCUCGUCCAAGCGGACAUCGCGUCCGGUCUUGACUAUCAUGCGAUGCGUUAGAGUGUACGCAGCGCCCACAUGUGGUCGCUGUCGGUGUCGGAGAAUAGAACUGAUACGGCGAGACGUAGCGUUAAGUCGAAGAAGAGAUAUCGUGAGCAGCCGCCAGUAGAGUGUGUUAUUGACUUCAAAAUUUCCCACACCCGCUAACUCCCCUUUGCUGCCCGCGGCGUCUGGGAGGGCCAUCAAGACAGAGGACUAUGAAGAGUGUGUGGACAUGGCGGCCGCUCGGUUUCGACCCUGGUCCUGCAAGGGUUUGACUCGAGGUUGUGAGAUGAAUGGUGGAUGGAAAUGAUGAAUGUGAACACGCAGCACCACAGAUGAUGAAUGAGUGGAAGGUUGAUGAAUUGAGAAUCAAGUAGUGCUCGUCAC